AUGCCCGUCUCCACUCGAAAGACACGAACCACUCGAAAAAGGCCGAAUCAAACAUACAAUGAAGCUGUUGCUCUGCUCUCAACAACUUGUCCCAACAUUUUCUCAACCACUAAAAAACAUAGUAACCACUCCACAUUACCAAAUCAACAUUCUUAUUUGUUUAACAAUCCAAUAGAAUUGCUUUUACCCAAAAAGCCCAAUAAGGAGAAACUCGGAAUACCAAGGGAAAUCGAGUUUAAUGGGAAUUUGAAUUGGAGCCCGAAUUCGAGUUCCUUGGAACAAGGGAAUCAUGACGAUUUCGAAACAGAGUCGAUGCUUGAUGAGGAAAUUGGCCAGGGGAUUGAUAGUAUUUUGGGGAACCCGAAUUCGGUUGUCGAAAAAGAUGACAUUGCCAAUGGAAAAUCUUGUUUUUGUUUCGAUUUCGAUUUCAAUUUCAAUUUUUAUUACAACCCCUGUUUCGGGUAUCCGGUGGGGGUGGGAAUUGGGGGAAAUUUGGAGUGCAAAUUUGGGUUUGGAUUGAGAAAUGGAGUGAGGGCAAUGAAGUAUGUGGGUGAAGGGGACUGGUGGAGUUUUCCGGCGGUCGAUGUGACGCCGGAGGCAACGAAAACGGAGAAAUCGCAGAUUGGAAAGAAGGAGAAAGUGAUGAAGGUGGAACCGGAGUGUUUGAUCGUCGGAGAGGAGCGUUCGGGCAUUGAAAACGGGCCGCGGUUGAUGUUAAAAUUGAGUUAUGACAAGGUUUUGAAAGCUUGGUCGGAAACAGGGUCGCCGGUGCCGGAGUCCCCGGGAAGUGAUAUUCAUGGGCGAUUUGUUAGAAGGUCAAAUUCUCCCACUUGUGAGGAGACAUGA